GAGAUCUGGGGCUGGCCACCGCCUUCACUCGCCGCAGCAUCAGGACCAUCAAGGACAAUGAGCCCCGAGCGAGUCACCGCAUCCAUGCGUUAAUCUCAUGCUAUUCCAAAGACCAGCUAUGAAUCAUGUAUGUGAUAGUACUUUCAAAUCUGCUCGCGUGCAUCCUCGCUUCCUGUCUCCAGCCUUCCGUGGCUUCAGCGUCAGCCGUGUUGGAGGCUGAGAUCCCCGGGGAGGCAGUGUCAUUGCUGCUACAGAAGGAUGAUACUGCAGCCGGACAGAAGCACAAUGCCAGCGGGCCGCAGGAGUCAGAGCGCACACUCACAUACCCGUCUCGCCUCAUCUACUACCGGAACGAAGCUUUGGAGAGCACCUACCAUGACCUGAACACUCGCGCUAGGAUUCCUGACCCACAUGGACAGGAGGUCCAUCUCGCUCAGGCUUCAUUUCAACUUCAGGCCUUUGGAUCACAAUUCAUUCUGGACCUCACAUUAAACAAUGACCUGCUGUCCUCAGACUAUGUGGAGAUACACUAUGAGAAUGGGAAGCCCAUCCUUUGGAAGGGUGGAGAGCACUGUUAUUACCAUGGCCAGAUCAGAGGGAAUGACAACUCUCGUGCCGCUCUGUCCACUUGUAACGGUUUACAUGGCAUGUUUGAUGAUGGAGUCCAUGUGUACACAAUUGAGCCACUUAAACAGAAUCACUCUAUGGAGGGAACAGCGAGACCACAUGUGUUACGCAGGACGACUAUCCUGCAGCAAACCCCAUCUGCAGGAGAGGAAGGCAUGGAGGAGGAUUUGUCUUGGCUUCGACGGAGGAAAAAGCGAGCUAUGCCGAGGAACGUGUUUGAGGAGAUGAAGUACAUUGAACUGAUGAUCAUCAUUGACCACAGCAUGUUUAAGAGAGUGAGGACCAAGCAACAAACACGCAACCAUGCCAAAUCCGUGGUCAACCUGGUGGAUGCUAUCUUUAAAGAACACCUGAACACACGUGUGGUGCUGGUCGCUGUGGAGAUCUGGACGGACAAGGAUCACAUUCCCGUUAGUGUGGUUCCAUUCGAAAUGCUGCGAAACUUUUCCAAAUACCGGCAGCAGCACAUCAGGCAGCACGCAGAUGCAGUGCAUCUGUUCUCUAACGUGACGUUUCACUAUGCUCGGAGCAGCCUAGCGUAUUUUGGAGGGGUGUGUUCUGUCAGUCAUGGGGUUGGUAUCAUUGAGUUUGGCUCUACGUGGACGAUGGCACCACUGCUGGCCCAGAGUUUGGCUCAGAAUCUUGGUAUUCAAUGGGAUUCAGCAUUAAAGAGAAAGGAUUGUGGGUGCAUGAACUCCUGGCUGGGCUGUAUCAUGGAGGACACUGGGGUCCAACACCCGCGGACUUUCUCUAAGUGCAGUAUCACCGAUUUUAAAGAGUUCCUGUUGAAGGGAGGAGGAUCCUGUCUCUUUAACAAACCCAGCAAGCUGUUUGAAGACACCGAGUGUGGAAAUGGAUAUGUGGAAGUGGGAGAAGAGUGUGACUGUGGACCAAGAGAAGAGUGCAUUAAAGAGUGCUGUAAAAAGUGUUCUCUGUCUAAUGGUGCGCACUGCAGCGACGGACCCUGCUGCAAUAACACAUGUCUGUUCUAUCCUCGAGGUUACUCGUGCCGCUAUGCAGUAAAUGACUGUGAUAUUUCAGAGAUGUGCUCAGGAGACUCAGGGCUGUGCCCUCCCAAUCUACACAAGCAGGAUGGUUACUUCUGCUCCCUCAACCAGGGUCGCUGCUAUGCUGGAGAGUGCAAGACGAGAGACAGUCAGUGUAAAUAUGUGUGGGGACCAAAGGCCGCGAGUUCGGGGAAGUUCUGUUAUGAGAAGCUGAACACAGAGGGCUCAGAGAAGGGCAACUGCGGUCAAGACGGAGACAAAUGGAUCCAGUGCAGUAAGCAUGAUGUAUUUUGUGGAUAUCUGCUUUGCACUAACACUGGCCGAAUCCCACGGAUUGGAACUAUAAAAGGAGAAGUCACUCCCACAAAUUUCAACCAUCAGGGCAGACUGAUCGACUGCAGCGGUGGUCACGUCUUCCUGGAUGAUCAGACUGAUCUCGGGUAUGUCGAGGAUGGAACUCCAUGCGGUCCGUCUAUGAUGUGUCUGGACAGGAAGUGUCUCCCUCUUCAGUAUCUGAACCUGAGCUCCUGUCCCACCGGACCCAACGAGCACGUCUGUUCCAGUCACGGGGUGUGCAAUAAUGAGGCGGCAUGUACAUGUGACACAACGUGGGCAGGGACAGAUUGCAGUAUGCCUGACCCUCCAAAAGAACCACCCCCUGCUGAAGAUGAGGGACCCAAGGGUCCUAGUGCCACCAAUCUCAUCAUAGGGUCGAUCGCAGGGGCUAUCCUGGUGACAGCUAUAGUCCUGGGUGGGACGGGCUGGGGGUUUAAGAACGUCAAACGGCGAGGAUACGAUCCAAAUGCAUCUGCCAUCUAGUGGACAGAAGGAACGCUCCGACCUCCAGAGCUUCUCUAUUCAGCUGGGCUGCUGUUUUUGCUGCUCUUUUCUGGCAUUAGUUAUACUU